GAAUAGACCCGACUGCUUUGCAGUAAAGGGUAAAGAACUGAGCGGAGUCACCAACAGUCUGAGUUGGCUGCUUUGAAAACUACUUUUUCAUGGACACAACAGAAACAUGGAGCCUCCUUCACAGGUUUCAUUCCCAGAAAAGAAGAAGGAAAUACAGAAACAAGAAGCUGAUGCCACAGUCUACAUGAAUUUCAUGAAGAGUCACUGCUGCUAUGACGCCAUUCCAACCAGCUGUAAACUGGUCAUAUUUGAUACCACGCUACAAGUCAAGAAGGCCUUUUUUGCACUGGUGGCAAAUGGCUUGAGGGCAGCGCCUCUGUGGGACAGCAAGUUGCAGAGAUUUGUGGGUAUGCUGACUAUUACAGAUUUCAUCAACAUCCUCCAUUGCUAUUACAAGUCUCCUAUGGUUCAAAUGUAUGAGCUGGAGAGCCACAAGAUUGAGACGUGGAGAGGUGAUUCAUUUCAAAAUGUUUACUUACAGUAUUCCAAUCACUUCCUCAUUAGUAUUUCUCCAGAGGCCAGUCUCUUUGAUGCCAUCUAUUCCUUACUCAAAUAUAAGAUCCACAGGCUGCCCGUCAUCGAUCCAGAGUCUGGAAAUGUCCUGCAUAUCCUGACGCACAAAAGAAUCCUCAAGUUCCUCCAUCUAUUUGGGAAAAAAAUUCCCAAGCCUGCGUUCAUUCAGAGGCAGAUCCAGGAGCUCGGGAUUGGAACUUUCAGGAACAUCGCCACUGUUCAGCAAACAGCAUCACUUUAUGAUGCCCUCUCCAUCUUUGUGGAAAGGCGGGUGUCUGCACUGCCAGUGGUGGACGAACAAGGCAAAGUGGUGGCACUCUACUCCAGAUUUGAUGUCAUUAAUCUAGCAGCCCAGAAGAGUUACAACAAUCUGGACAUGACUAUGCAGGAAGCCAUUCGCAGGCGCAGAUGUUUUGUGGAGGGAGUAAUCAAGUGCUACCCAGAUGAAUCCCUGGAAACUAUCAUAGACCGUAUUGUCAAAGCUGAGGUCCAUCGGCUGGUCCUGGUGGACAGGGCUGAUGUGGUGAAGGGCAUCAUCUCUCUGUCCGACCUGCUGCAGGCCAUGGUCUUAACCCCUGCAGGUAUUGAUGCCCUUUUGUCCUAGCACCAGGGGACAGAGGGCCCCCUUCCCUCCUUUACCACCUGUGUAGGCUUGAGUCCUGGCCAUGUACCCAGGCAGGUAGGCUCUGGAGCCUCUUUCCCACCCUUCCACCAAUGCCCUCCCACUCUAUUGCCUAGUUACCAGCAGCUUUGACCCCUCUUGUCAUCUUGUCAUGUGUUUCUCAGCACAUUAGAAACCGUACUGCUGCUUUCACAUUAGCCCAAGUGUGCAAAUGUCCAGAUCUUGCAUGCACUCACACACACAGCCGCAGCUGCUUGACUGAUGCUUUGCAAACAAGGAUCAGUUUCAUUUUUGGAGGAUUCUGAGAACAGUGCUGCUGAGUAGAAUGAU